AUGCGACCGAACAUCGGGCGACCCGGCCCAAAUAGAGCAGCAACGGCCACCCCGACAUUAACAGGACGAACAUCGCCAGCUGACAGCGUCGCGUCCUCGAGGAAUAGGACUCCGAAGCGGAAAGCGGUAUCGAGCGUCGACGAGAAUGCGGGCGAAGAGACCAAUAUUAACGUGGUGGUGCGGUGUCGCGGCAGGAACGAAAGGGAAGUCAAGGAGAACAGCGGAGUCGUGGUGUCCACCGAUGGCAUCAAAGGCAAGAAGGUUGAGCUGUCCAUGGGACCCAGCGCGCUCAGUAACAAGACCUACCAAUUCGACAAGGUCUUCUCACCUGCUGCCGACCAGGGCAUGGUCUUCGAUGAGGUAGUCGCGCCCAUCCUCGACGAAGUCUUGAAUGGCUUCAAUUGCACCAUUUUUGCCUAUGGCCAAACAGGAACCGGCAAGACGUAUACCAUGUCCGGCGACAUCAGCGACACACUUCCUAUUCCAGAAGCGGCCGGCAUCAUUCCACGUGUGCUGCAUACUCUUUUUGCGAAGCUCAACGAUGACGAGGCCGAGAAGAGCGAGCAUAGUGUAAAGUGUUCUUUCAUCGAAUUGUACAAUGAAGAGCUGCGCGACCUUCUGGCUGUCGAUGACAGCACCAAAUUGAAGAUCUUUGAUGACGCGAACAAGAAUGGCCGCACGACGACUCUGGUGCAAGGCAUGGAGGAAAGCCACAUCAAAACAGCGAACACAGGCAUUCAGCUCCUUCGAAACGGCAGUCACAAGCGCCAGGUGGCUGCGACCAAGUGCAAUGAUCUAUCAUCACGGUCACAUACCGUAUUCACCAUUACUGUCUACCAAAAGCGGACCACAGACACCGGCGAAGACUACGUUUCGUCCGGAAAACUGAACCUGGUUGAUCUUGCGGGCUCGGAAAACAUUCAGCGUUCAGGCGCGGAGAACAAGCGCGCUACCGAGGCCGGCCUAAUCAACAAGUCCCUGCUCACCCUGGGACGUGUCAUUAAUGCUCUUGUCGACCGUGGCAGUCAUAUUCCAUAUCGAGAAUCAAAAUUGACGCGGCUCUUACAGGACUCCCUAGGAGGUCGGACCAAGACUUGCAUCAUCGCCACCUUAUCUCCUGCGAAAAGCAAUCUGGAGGAGACCAUUAGUACUUUGGACUAUGCUUUCCGCGCGAAGAAUAUCCGCAACAAGCCUCAGAUCAAUCAGAUGGUAUCGAAGAAGACCCUGCUGAGGGAGUUUACAGCCGAGAUCGAGAAGCUCAAGUCGGAGCUGAUCGCGACACGUCAACGCAAUGGCGUGUAUCUUACGGCUGAGGCUUAUGAAGAGAUCACCACCGAGUCGGAGUCGCGGAGGAUAUUGAGCAACGAGCAGCGCGACAAGAUCGAGACGAUGGAGACGAAUUUGCGCAACAAGGUGCAGGAGCUGUUUGUACUCACAAGUAACUUCCAAAGCCUCAAAAAGGACAACGAGACUACAAGAGUCAUUCUCGAGAGCACGAAGAAUGUACUGGAAAAGACUGAGCUUGUCCUGGAGCACACGAAGACCACGCUUGCGGAAGAGACUGCUUUGCGAAAAGCCCACGAAGACACGGAAGAGAAGCUUGCUGAGGUUGGCGGCGAUCUAUUGGGCACACUGGAGAUCACCACAAGUCAUGUCGACAAAUUGCAUUCCAAACUUCGAAGAAGAUCCGAUCUGCAGCAUGUGAACCGCAUGCGAUGGACAGACUCUCAAGCUCAUGUAGCGGAUGCGACUGCGAGCAUUGAGGGCAAGGUGGAAAGCCUGCGCCAACAACAAGAAGGACUGAUUGCCUCUCUUUCCGACCGUAUGCAGUCUUUUGUGGCAGACGAGCUGAGAGAGCUUAAGACUUCUCAAGAUUUUCUCAAGCAGAGAGCGGGCGCGUUUGAGACGUCUCAAUCUGAAGUCAAUGCCCAGAACAAGAAAGCCAAUGAUGACAUGAAUGAUGUCUUGCAAGAGAUUGGUACUUUGAGGGAAGAUGUCAAACAGAAAGUCGGCGCCGGCCUGAGUGACCUUUCGACUGCCGCGCAACGCAUAAGUGCGGGCAUCGCGUCGGAGCUGGACGCUUUCCACGGACAGCUUCAAGGCUCCUUCGUAUCCCUUGGCCGAGAGUUCAGGACCCUUUUCGAAGAUUUGAUAAGACGCAUGAACGAGCAACAGGCAGAAGCGCAAAGGCUGCGACAGGAAAUCAUUGAAGCCAACUCUUUAUUUGUCGAAGCAACCCAGUCGACGCAUGACCACUUGAAGGAAGCCGUCGAAAAAGAGAGGGAGAUCGCCUCGAGUGAGAGAGUGGCGCUGAUGGCUCAAAUCACGAACCUCAUCAACAACUCUGCAGCAGCGCAGGAGACUCGGAUGUCUGGUUAUCUCGAGACAGCUAACAAACGUGUCAAGACGUCUGCAGACACAUACCGGAUUUCCCAACAAACCUACGGAGAUGGAAUGGACUCAUGGUCGACCAACGGACAAGCUCUUAUUGACUCCUCAGUGAAGGCACGGGAGGCGAUCAAGUCUAAGCUCAAGGCGGACUGGAACAGUGCCAACGAUCAAACGAUCAAAAUCACCGAGACUACAAAGGCAGUUCACGGUGAGACAGUACGAAUCGUUGGUGGGCAGAUGGCGCAGAUGGACAAUCAGCUUGUCGCACUGGAUGAGAUCGUGUCAAGAGUGCGUACACAGAACCAGGAGCAUCACGAUGCUCACACAAACAGUCUGGCGCAACUGGUUAGCAACGUCCAGGACAGCUAUCGAAACAUUGGCGACCACUUCGAGACGUCCUACAGCCGCACUCAGGCUCUAGACAUCGACAUGCAAGACCGCGCGAGCACUUUGACACAGACAUUGCUGGCUUUGUCUGAAGAUGGAGAGGUCCGUGGCGCUCUUCGAAGUCUCCGAGAUGAUACUGGCGCUUCGCAGAUGGUCGAAUAUGCAAUCACGGGUGAGACACCCGCUCGCGUGCAAUACUCGUACCCGAAAAUGUUGCCGCGAACCGAGAACCAUGAAAAGUUCCUCAAUCGAAUGCGUGGUAUUCCUGAAAGCCCUGGGAAAAGCGGGCCAAGAUCUCCUUCCAAAUCAUCACCUACCAACAGUCCGGUCAAAGCAUCGUCUAGCCCGACCAAGACCAAUGUGUUCGCCGACACCCCGCCCGCACUGGUAUUCACAGCGGCUGCUGCCAAUUCAGCUCCAGUAUCCCGACCCCAAACGGCAAGUAGCCAGAACAGCAGCCUGCGCGAACUUGACGUUAAUGUCGGAGCAGCCUCAGGACUCCAUUCAAAUCUCGCCGCUGGCGAUGAGAGUUCUGAAGCGGGAUGCAAGGUGCCCAUUCCACCUCUCUUGAGACAGAAGACUAAUCCGCUUCCCCAAUCGCAGGUCGAGAGCAAACUGCCAACGAAGCGUAGUACGAGGAUGACAGUCGCUGGCAAUCUCGCUGCGGCUGAACGGGACAGUGGCGGAAAGGAGAACAUCAAUUUGAGUGCGAGUGUAGGACAUGGGAUCGGUAGGAGGUUGAGGAGUCGAGGAAGUGAUUGA